AAAACUUUCAUUAGAUCCCGUAUAAUACGCCACAAUGCUCGCCAAAGUUAUAAUAAUAUGAAAUAGAGUAUUCAGCACUCGGAAUUUAAAAUUGCUAAUAUCAUAAAACGUUACGGUGAAUAAACUCCGCAACAAAGGUCCUUGACAGAACGCCUUUCAUAGGUAAAAAGAAAAGUCAAUCAUUUCAUUUUCGACGUCAUCUAGUUGUAAAGACGACACAAAAGGGAGUUCAAUUGUUUUGGCCAUUAGUGUAAGGAGUCACUUGAGAAUUGCAACAAAACAAGUAAGAAAAAGACGAUAAUUCUUCGCUAGAGCAAAAACAAAAAAGGGUAUAUCUUAGCAAGAAAUAAAGGUUAUAAAUUUCGGGCAAUUAAAGAAAGGAUAUUAUGUAGCCUUGUGUGCACAAUUCAUCUCAAGCAAAGCAAACAUAGCGGUGUCCUUACAACACUCAUUUUCUAAGGUUAAUGAGUAUUCUGUUCUCGGAGACUGGACGGAAAGAAAACAAAGGCGUUUCAAAUUAGACAAAUGUAAAUGAUGGUUUCUCAUACAAAUGUCAGGUUAUGUGACCAAGGGACAUAUCGUUUAGCAUUCAAAACAAGCUGGUCUCGAGAUGAAUGGACACCUUAAAAUGCUUCUAAGCUUCAGCGCCGUGAAAAACAUGAACAAGUUGUGCGCACUGUGUAAGAAAAACCUUCAAACAACCUGAUGUUACCAAGGACUGGCUUUUCCAUUGAAAUAUAUUGUCCAUAUGAAGAUUUGAUAAAGUACAGUAUUUUAAGGCCAUAAACUUAACACAGUUUUGAGUUAACAGUUGGCAGUAGCUUCACGCCGUGCGAGAAAAAAAAUCCAAGGAAUGCAUUUAGAAGAUUUCGCGAAUUUGCGAACACAGCAAAAAGGCUCAACAACUAUUCGCUAAGAAUAGCCACCAGGAUUAGUAAAACAACGCAAGGGUGAAAAUAACAAUAAUGGAAAGCAAGCGAUCAACAAAGAAGGCCGUUCAAAAGCAAGCCAAAAUAUGCGAGACUUUACCAAUUUGCGGAGACAACGAAACUUUUGACGAGGAUGGCCUUUUGGAGUUAGGCAAUAAUGACGCCGAAAUACCGUUUCUCGAAGGUCGAAAAAUCAAUUUGAAGGAAAAAAAAAUUUCUCCGAGACUCCCAAAAUGCAUGGGCAAAAAGAAAAAGCUUCAUUUGGAUGCUGUUUAUUCUGGUUUGUGGCGGCGAGGUAGUGAAAAGAUAAUCGAGGGCCUUACCGGAAACAGUGUAAAUAAUGUAGCAGGUGAUUUCGCAAACAUGGGCAGAAAAACGCGUCCAAGUUCUGUCAUAUCAAGAGAUAAUCGCACAAUCUCAACGAAGGAUGAAAGACCCGUCUUUGCCAUUCCUAAAGUUGAAAGCUAUGAUAUCUUAACAUCACGAUCAAUUAUCGAUUCUUCUUUAUGCUACAUAUUUACAGAAAACAGAAAACAUUCGCCGAGAAGAAAAGCAAAGAUGCGACCAGUAUUGUUACGAAAUGACAGCGCGGGUUCCCUGUGGAAGGGGUCACUCUUUAGUCAACUGCCUCAGUAUCGUGUGGAAUGGCGCCAGCCCUCUCCUGUAGAGGGGGUAUCAUUUCAAUCCAAAGAGAUGGAAUGGCUGGAGGACACACUGAGGGAAGUGGAGGCUUGCAACACAGCCACGAACACACCGCCACCAAGUGUAGCUAGCUCACCUAGGAUGGUGAGAAAGUUUGUAGUUCGACUUCCGCCGAUUUAGCUUUUGUAGGGCCGUAGGUAAUUACGAUGGGUAGUAAAUAGAAAAAGUCUCAUAAAAAAUAAUACAAAUGACAUAUUGGAGAAAAUCGCGUCUCCAGCAGAAAGAGAAUGACUUCGGCUUGCCCCAUAACACAAGAUUUUCUAACUUAAAUUUUUGAAUGCGCUCGCUAGCAAAACUAAUCAGUGCCUAGCGAUCAUCGUAAUAUUUACAAAAACGUACAAGCUACACAUUUCUAUUUAACGAUGAGCCAUUAUCAAUAAAGACUAUCAACUG